UGCGACAUCACGGGAGAUGAAGAAGCGCGGCAUUGCUGUUGUCGUCGUCGGCUACCCGGCCACCCCGAUUGUCGAGUCCCGCGUCCGCUUCUGUAUUUCUGCGUCGCACACGCGCGAGCAGCUCGACCAGGCGCUGCAGGCGCUUGACGAGGUUGCUGAUCUGCUUGGACUCAAGUAUUCGCAGCACCACAAACCCCGCGCGUUCCGCGACAUCAAGCAGAUCGCCGCUGCCGCUGCCGACAAACUCUAGCACGCGUACGCACGCGCACGCACUCGCGCAUUCGCACGCACGUCUGUCUCUGCCUCUCGCGCACAUGCAGACUCGCACUCGCACUCGCUCACACACUUGCAGUCGCAUGCUUCUUUGAGCGCUGCUGUUUCGCCUUUGUAGCUUUCAUUCUCAUAAUGUUCUUUGUGGUUGUUGCUGCCGCUGCUGCUGCUGCUGUUGAUGGUGGUGCUGGUGGCUUUUGUUUGGCCAUUCUAGUUUCGGGUGUGCUUGGUUGUUCGUGGACAAGCAAUUGCACGAUGAGAGGGGGGCGAGGGUGUCUGUGCGGUUGCAUUCAUACGUUUCGGUGCAUCAGAUCAUAAACUGUGGCUUGGUUGUA